AUGAAGUGUGUGGCCAGGGGGCGAGAGUCCCAGGAGGGCCCGCGCGUGGGACCGAGGAUGGACAAUGAAGGAUGGAAGUUCUCGACCCACCUUCGGAGGGGCUGUGGGAUUCUCUGCAGGAUGGCGACGAAGAGCUUUCAGUGGGACUCUGAAGCAAAGCCCCUUCAAUGUCCCGGGGAGCAGUUCUCCACGGUGACUCUCUAUCAGUAUGAUGGUGCUCUGCAAAAUGAGGGCGGUUUCCAGCCCAUGCGGCAUAAUCUCCCCACACAGCUCUGCAUGUCUGCGCUGGAGGAUCUCGAAGAUGUGGAUAUUCCCCAAGUAGUUCCUUGUACAUUCACCAUCUGCUUGGCUCUGCCGGGAUACUUUGAAAAGGAUAGAAGAAUUCCAGGCAAGAGAAGGAGGAGAUAUAGAACAAAUGAGGAAGAGUCAGAAUUAUCACUGGCCAGGAGACAAACUAUCUUCUCUACAGAGCUGGAUGUCAUGCCUCUUCUUGCUGGACAGAAAACUGUAAUCAGUCAUGCUAAGGAAAAGAACACCAAAAUUUUGGAUUGCUAUUUGAAUUUAACAGUAGAUGUCCCACUUAUGACUGAGAAACAGAAGCAGGAUUUGAACCCUUUGAUUAUAAAGAUCAGGUCUCUCGCUCACCUUCCAAGAGGUCCUGUGCCUCUUAAUCAACUGCAGGAUAUCAAUGUAAUCCUCCUAGGGGCAUUGGACCCUCAAAAUCUGCGAGAAUACCUGGAAGGGCCACCGAUGGAAGUUGAAAUCCAUGACCGAGAUAGAAAAGAGGAGGUAUAUUUAACUGCACCUUCUCUAUUUGGGGAAGAUUUAGCUGAUGCAAAUCUGACCCACGUGAGUCAUAUUACUUACAAUGACGUAACAGAAAACCCAUUAGAAGCCAUUAACAAGAAGUGGGAUCCUUAUGGGAUCGCUAAGGUCAGUUUUGGUGAUCUGCUGCUUGGCCAAAGGUUGAUGGACUUGUUUGUGCCCAUUCACAGAUGUAAACCCAAUGCCUCUUACACCCAAAAGGACUACAAAGGACGUAGGAAAAGCUUUGGUGGUCAUGAUCCAAUGGAUACUCUGCAGUCUGCUCCAAUGCCCAUGGGCAACUACUUUGAAUACUCCUCCUUGCUUCGAUUGAGGAUAGAAUUAUGUGCGCCUCUGAAGUUAGAAGUACGGGGAGGGGAAGAUAGAGCAGCGAGUGAGCGGUUUGGGCGUAUGAUCUAUAUUUUUGAUUCUUCAAAAGUUGACUUCUUGAGGUCUCUCCUGAAGGGCAUCACUGAAAUCAAUGCCAAGGCUCUUCACUUGGAAUCUUACCCUCCUCAAGAUGUUCAAGAGGCACUCUCAGCCUUUAAGGUGAAAAUUAAAAUGCAGACAAAUCUAGACCAGGAUGUGAUUACUGGAUUCCAUUUGUUAGAUGGAAAAAUUCACCUCUUUGUUCUGGAAGGGUUAGCAGAGGAAGGUCUGAGGAGGCUGUGGGAAAGAUAUCCAAAUCGUGUACCAGGUUCAGAAGAAGGAAAGUUUAAAGUUUUUUAUAACUCGGAGUUAACAUUUCACGAACGUCUGUACACGGAUCUGGAUGCAAUGCUAUACCACAUCCAUCUCUGCAAACCUCUUUCAGCUUUAGUGAAAAAGUCAACGAUUUUUGUCAGAGGACUGAUUCCUCAGCCGUCCUUUCAAGCCCUGAUAAAGCUCGACUCCAUCUGUCAUAGCCACAAACUCAAGGAUGUUAUAGAAGGAGAUCUGUUGCCUUCAGCAGAAAUGGUAAAAUGCAUGAGCCAAGAGUUCGGGGUUCCUAUAAGUAGGUCAGAGUUAUUAACCCCAAGCCCACUGCAGAGAAAAAACUUUUUAAGUGCAUCUCUAGUGAGAAGGACCCCUCGGCGGCCUGAAGGGAAAAUGAUCAGAAUUAUUCCUGCUGAUGGGAAGUCCAUUUUUAACUACAGCAUUCAGACUUUGAACUCUGGGGAGCUCGCGAAACAGAAGUUGAUUGCUCAGAUGGACAAGGAACGAGGGAAAAGAUUCACUUACUCUCAAAAAUACCUUGCAUCCCUUCCGGAACCUUUGGGCCUGACCCGCCAAAUACCCAAAUCUAAGUUUUGGCUUACUCCAGAAGGAUUUCAAGUUCCUGGAUAUCAGACUAGCUUUGAAAGUAAUCAACACCCCAAGAGGCCAGAUCGGAAUCGGAUAGAAGAAUUAAAAGAGUCAUGGGAAGAGAAUAGGCUAUUUACUAAUAUCCUGAAGCCUGUCCUUGAUAGGGAGAGGAUGAACUGGGAGCAACGGCAUUUGGAUUUUGACAUUUACAAGAAGCCACCUUCUAUUAUACCUCUUCUUGAUGAAAAAUUUUCCAUAAGAGAUGAGGAAAAUGAGGCUGGGGAGGUGGAGUUGCUGGCCAAGGUUCCAGAGGUACCAGACAUCAGAUGUGGGGUUGGACCUGGGUCCUCGGACUGCAAAAACCAGUGCUGUCCCCACGGGACCUCGUGGCCUUCUUGGGCUACAGCAGUGGAUUCCUCCACAUGGGGCCUCCGUGGGAAGAUCCCUUUUCAGGCAGGGGUUGGCUUAGAGACCAAGCUUGGGGAACCCCAAGCUCUUCUGUCACCUGCAGUCAAGCGGGUCGGGGCAGACUAG